AGUUUACUGAAUAAAAUACAAGUUGCUUCACUCGGCUCCACGCGCCGAAUUACCUAUUCACCGCCCCUCACUUCAUUUGCCGGGCGACGCUCCUACAAUUGAAUCUGUUGGGUUACACAGUGAGUAGAGUUUAAAUCGUUUUGAUGUGCGAGCGUUUUAUUACUAGUUGUACCGGGUGGACUCAGUGGACUGGCAAAUUAUUAUAAUCUAUUAUAUUAAAAUGUCGACUUAUUGUUCGGUAGACAGUUAUUUUACAAAGCGUGGAAGUGGUUUAAUGUUUUUUAGUUGUCCGAAAAAUUAAAAUAGGUAAGUACAUUGGAAUUAGUUGUUUAUUAAAUUCAUGAUUGCAUUCCUAGUUACUUUAUGAUCUGGUUCCUGUUUCUUUUUUUAAAUUAAUAUAAAAAAUGGAUUAUAGGUGCCAACUCUGGAAAGGUAUUUUGGGAUUUACUGGCGAACAUAGAUAUGCCGAUCUUACUCCGGAACAAUGUUAUAAAAGGGUUAAUAUCUGUAGCUUGCAUUUUGCGGAGAGCAGUUUUAUGUCCCCUUCAAAUCAACGUCUUAGACCCGACGCAAUUGCUACAUUGUUCCUGACCAGAGCAUCGACAAGCACAGAUAAUUCUAACAUCAUUGCAAGUCACACAUUAAGGAAGGAAUUCAGUGACGCUUCCGUGCAAACUGACACUCCGAUGCAGGUUAAUGUUUCUGUCCAGACGGAUGUAUGUAAUAAUACAGAUAAGUUCUGUCAAACGUCAAUGAAGAUUUGGGCAAUGACUCCAAGAAAAAUUCAAUUAAGAAAAGAAAUUAAAAACUCUGAAAAAGGAAGGCUCUCACGCAAAAAGAUCCCUGGAAGUAGGAGUUACUUUGGACGAUGUUCAAACAUUCCUAGAUGACAACUACCGAGCAGAUUUUUGUGCAUUCCUUAAGAAUCAGCUAUCUCUUCUGCACAAGUCCCCUCGGGGAAGCAGGUACAUAAAUGAAUAUAAACAAUUUGCUAUGAGUUUAUACCUUGUUGGACCAAAAGCCUAUAAAAAAAUGUCAUCCGUUUGUCGUUUGCCGUCAAAGUCCACUCUUCAACGUUUCGCAAAUAACUGGCCAAUAAAUCCAGGAUUUAAUGAUUUUAUUUUUCGAUUAACAGAAUUGAAAUCGCGUUUUUUAAAUGACAAAGCAAAAGACUGUUUUUUAUGUAUAGAUGAGAUGUCCAUUAAGUCACAUCUAUAUUACAAUAUCUCAAGUGACAAGGUAGUUGGUUUCCAGGAAGGUUUGAGAGAAAACACUACAGAUAUGGCCAGCAACGUUUUGGUUCUAAUGGCCCGGGGUAUUGCAACCAGUUGGAAGCAGCCUAUCACAUAUUUUUUCUAUAAAUCAUCUCCAAAUUCAGAUGAACUUAAAAAUAUUUUAUUUGAAUCAGUUCGGAAAAAUAAAUUCAACAGGUUUAAAUGUCCUUCCUAGGCGUGGUUUCUGACCAAGGCUCAACUUUUUAUAAACUAGUCAAAACUAUUUUACAUUUAUCUGAGGAAAAUCCGCGGUUUUUAGUUGAUGACAAAGAACUUGUAUAUAUGUCUGACGUCGCACAUUUGUUAAAAUCAACGAGGAAUAAUUUUUUUAAGUACAAUUUUGUAAUUAACAAAGGAGCAACAAAUAAGAGUUAUUUGGAAACCAUGUAUAAUUAUGAUAAAAUGAAACAGUAUAGACUUGCUCCAAGACUAUCUAGCGAGCACAUUUUUCCAAAUAACUUUCAGAAAAUGAAGGUUAAAUUAGCGACACAGAUAUUUAGUCACUCUGCUUUGCAUACUUAUAUUGAUUUUAAAAUUCUUCCAGAGGCAGCAAAAGUUACUGCAGAUUUCAUUGAAAAAAUGAAUAGAUUAUUUGAUAUUCUAAAUUCAAAUACUCUGCAAAAUUUCAAUGAUUUCAUGGGAAAUGAAAAACAAAUUUUGUUUUUAAGAGAAAUGGACAACUUAUUUAAAAACUUAAACCUUAUAAAUGUUAAUGGAAAAAAUAUGAUAAAACAACUUAAAUUUAUUUUUGGUUGGCGGCUGUCUAUUAAUGCUAUUUUGAUAUUAUUUGAGAUUUUGCAGGGUAAGGGAUAUAAAUAUCUGUUUACCAGAAAUCUAAAUCAAGAUUGCUUGGAAAUCUUUUUCGGGCAAAUCAGGAAUUGUACUGGAAUUGUGAGAAAUCCAACUCCCAUACAGUUUUGCCGGGCUUUUAAAAAAAUUUGGGCUGGUUAUAAAUGAAACAGUACGUUUUUUACUUAUAAUGUCUUUGGUAAUGCUAUUAUUAGCCUGACAAAAUAACAAAAACGUCAAAAAGUGUAGUAAUCAAUCAUUUAAAAUUCAAACAUGUCAUUACUUAGUAGUUAUGUCUAUCUUUAGUUGUUAAGUUUAGUAACAGUAAUAUAUGCAUUUUUUCACACAAAGUCAAAAGUUUGACUUUGAUUUAAAAAUAAAUCCUAAUGAAACCAGUCGUACCAAAACAACCUUUAAUAAGAUACCUAAGUACCUAAUUAUUAACAAAAAAAAUUUAACCAUUUAGUUCUUGAAUUAGGUAAACUUUGAUAAUGUAAAAUUUAUUUAGUUUGGUGGUUAUAAAAACAAAUAAUUUAUAGUAUUAUCAAUUUACAUAUUUUUCCCAAGUAGGUAGGUACAUUAAAUAAUAAUUUUAUUCCAGAUAAUAAAGUUAUUAUAAAAUCGUGCUCCGUCUUCCCCUACAGUUCGAAUUAGACGAAACUCGUAAAAUAAUAGGUAUCUUUUACCAGAAUUCCCCUUUACAUUUUUUGCUAGUUCCUCGUCGGCGAGGAGCUCGGCGGCCUGCCUUUGAGAUCGAAAGAUAAAAGGUUUUUCGCCGAGUGAAGCAACUUGUAUUUUAUUCAGUAA